AUGUCAGAGAACCAAGAGCUCAAACGUCACUGUCUACUGGUUCCGGUAAAAGGGGUUCUCCUUACGGAACACAUCGCCAACAACUACAAAGCUGUCUCGGCUUUCUGUCCUGAUCCUUCAGACUUGCUCAUUGCCACCUAUCCGAAAGCAGGGACCACAUGGGUCCAGGAGAUAGUGGAUCUGCUCCUUCACAACGGGGAUAGUGAGACCUGCAAAAGAGCCCCCAUUCCCAUCCGAAUACCUUUCUUGGAGAAUACCGCUCGACUAGGCAUCCCCUCAAGUCUUGAUCUCCUGAAGGCAAUGGACCCCCCAAGAGUUAUUAAAACACAUUUGCCGUUUCAUCUAAUUCCCAAAGGCUUUUGGGAAAACAAAUGCAAAGUGAUCUACGUGGCUCGCAAUGCUAAGGACAAUCUGGUGAGCUACUUCUAUUUUCAUAAAAUGAAUCUCACCCACCCUGAGCCUGGACCCUGGGAGGGCUUCAUCCAAAAGUUCAUGAAUGGACAGGUGCCAUGGGGCUCCUGGUAUGAUCAUGUCAAAGGCUACUGGGAGGAGCGAGAAAAGAGAAACAUCCUUUACCUCUUCUAUGAAGACAUGAAAGAGAAUCCUCGGCGUGAGGUGGAGCGCAUCAUGAGGUACCUGGACUUGUCGCUCUCUGAUGAUGUCAUCAGCCGCAUUGUGGAGCUGACGUCCUUCGAGAUCAUGAAGGAGAAUCCGACGACCAACUACACUUUCAUGUCCAAGCCCGUUUUUGACCAUUCCCUCUCCACCUUCAUGAGAAAAGGAGAAGUUGGUGAUUGGAAGAACUAUUUUACGCCAGAGCAGGCAACAGAGUUUGAUGAGGACUAUGAGAAGAAAAUGAAGCAUGUCAACAUACCAUUCAGGACACAGCUCUAAACCAGCUAGCAGUUACUGUCAAAUAUGAAUUAUUAUACACGUGACCAGCUUAAUUCACUAUGAUACAGUAUAAGUUAACCACACUUCUGUGGUGGCCCUAUAGGAUAUUACGCAGGGCCUGUAAAUUGGAAUCAGUCGGUGCGGUCAGGGGAGGCAGAUGAAGCUCUGUCAUCAUGAAACAUAAAAAAUUGCAUAAGGGUAACAAAAGUCAUUUUUGUAUACUUCUGAUCAUUUUGGACAUUUUCUUUAAAAAAUUGUUGAAUUUGUACAUUUGCUGAUCAAAUACAGGGCAGAAAGCCAAGGUGAGGCAGUGCCAAGACAGUCUGCAAACAAUUUGCAUGUCCCAACACUGGGCCUCAUUCAUGAAACGUUCUUACGCACAAAUGUGUUCGUAAAGCCUUCUUACGAAGAUUUUUGGCAUUCACGAAACGUGUUGUUAACUCACAGUUCUUAGAUCUCAGAACAAAUUCCACGAACGCUCAGGAGGUGUUACGAUGGUGUUUGUCGCUCUGCUGCCGCCUUCUGUCUGUUUGCUCUCUGUGCAGCUUCAGCCGGUGUGGGUGGAGUUCCCAGCACACACCUGCUGACAAUCUCAUCAGCACCCUUCAUAUACCCAGUGGCAACGAGAAGCCAGUGCCAGAUUGUACUCCUUGCUACCCCCUGUUACCUGUUCCGCUUGGUCCGGCCCUUGCUACCCCCUGUUACCUGUUCCGCUUGGUCCGGCUCCUUCCCUGUUUCCCUGUUUCCCUGUUUCCCUGUUUCCCUGCUUCCCUGCUUCCCUGCUUCCCUGCUUUCUGGCUCACCUUCGUUACCGCUCUCUGUGUGCUUAUGGACUUGUAUACUCACCGUUGUUCCGGCUCAGGUUUGCCUGUAGUAAUUCUUUGUUGUAUCAUAGUUAUUUCCUGUCAGCCUUUUGCUGUCAGCGUUUUCUGUUGAUACUUUUGGUUUUGUACUUUUGCCUUGUUUGUAUUUUUCCCUUUCUCGGGUCACCUUCUGUUA